AUGUCAGUAGGGCGUCCAGAUCCAAAUUAUAUUCCUAAGUUCGUUUCGCCGGAAGAAUACAACCGCAACAAAGCCAGUAUCGAAGCAGCUCGAGCUAAACUAGAAGAAUAUGCACGAUUGAAUGAAGUCGCCAAAAGGAACUUCGAGCUCAAGGAACAAGAGGAAAGAGAAGAGCGCGAAUUAGCUCAAAAGAUCCAGGAAGGAGAGUUAGCAAAACAAAGGCUUCUACAGCUUAGGAAACGGAGGUCCUUAGCGAUUACGGAUGGGAGUAUUGCGGGCUCUUCCUCAAUAGAGAAUGUCGGAGAUGGUUAUGUUGGGGAAAUCACUUCGUUUCAACAGAACUCCGCGCCAUAUCCUCAGUCGAUGUCCCAGCCUAUGAGACAAUCAACUUCUUCCUACGAUGUAUCAUCAUCCUAUAAUCAUCCUGGCCAUAUUCAACAACCUCAGCUUUACGCAGGGUCCCGCAAAAUCAGUACUCAACCCUUCCUCCCAGCUACCCAAACAACCAAGGUACACGACACAAUCAAUCGUUCAAUUCUGGACAGUCAUUUUCUGGGCAACAACCACCCAAUCCUCCACGACAUCAAGGGCAUCAAACAACGACGCAAAACUCGCGUGCUGAUUAUCCCCAAAGAUCCUAGCUCUUCAAGUCUUGUUGGUGCUCUUGGGCCAAAUCCAUCCACAACAACAUCAUCAUGGGACGCUGGCCAAGCCUCUUCAUUGCCGUCGCCUUUGUGGGACAUAUCCAUGCCCGCGUCUCCUUCUGUGGCCCAACUUCAAAGUAUAAAACAAUACUUGAAUCAAUGGGCAUCUAGCGUACCCCCACAGACGCAUUAUAAUGCAACCAUAUUAUGGGAUACCUAUGUUGUAAAGUGCUUUAAAAACCGGGAAGGCAUCAUCGUGUUUUCGAUAGAAACCCCCAAUGGAACUAUUGAGGCAGCUGCACAUGGCAUUUUGGACGAUCUUAUAGCUAAAGUCAAACCGCCACCACAGCCAGCCGUAAACCCUUCGGCACAAAUGCCACCCACUGUAGCGCAAACUAUUCAAGGUACUUCUCAUUCAAGCAUUCGAGCACCCAAUCCUACCGGUCACAUCCCCUCCACUACUUCCCCGUCAGCCACACAAAACAAUUCGUCAGCUGCACAGAAUAUGGCAGUUAAUCAGACAAAUGUUGCUCCAAUUUCCCAAGCGCCUACAGAGCAUAUUGCUCAAACGUCACAGCAGCGUGCCAACCCUGUGAGUGUUUCAUCGUCAGCUAAAUCGAUUACACCAAAUACCCAAGUGGCACCACCUUCUUUACCACCGUUAUUGACUGUUUCUCGUGCUACAACUGGGCAAUCUGCAAUCUCCAGUGCAUCAGUAACCCCUCAAGGACCAUUGACACCAUCCAAACAGCCUUCUUCAGAACAAUUGACCCCAAGUAUAACCCCACAACAGGCUGACAAGAGACGGAUUGCACAAUCGCUUCUAUGGGCCUUGGGAAAACGUCCCAGAGAAAGCCCUUCGGACACUGAGUCGCAAAGUUCCAAGAAACGUGCAAUCGAAAUAAGUCAGGCUGAAAAUUCCAAUGAUGAAGCUCAGACCGCGAUUUCUGCGGCGAGGAUUAACAGCCAGCCUGAUACUGUACCUCCACCUCAUCCAAUAGAUCACGCGGGCCCUUCUAAAGUCUCUCAGCACUCUAAUCAACCCUCUGAUGUCAGUGCCCUGUCAACUACGCACUCUAUGGAUGUUCCCCCUACUGUGUCAUCUAAACCUUUCAAUCCUGGAGUUGUAGAAAAUUUAUCCACUCAAGACAGUCGUUCUACCGAUCACCGACAACCCUCACAAUCAAAUACAAGGCUUGUGCCAAAUAAUGUAACAACGAACCCCAAAUAUCAUCCCAACGUAAGCAGGUCGGUAAUACCGAACCCAAAAUAUUAUCCCAGAGCAGACUACAAUACAUUUGUUUGGAAAUCAGGCGAGCCUGGAUCAUCUUCGCAAGUGCCAUCUGGUCGGGUGCAAAGUGCUACCCAAGAUGAGCCCGAGAAAUCCAUACCCGAUAAGCUACCGGAACAUUCUACACAUGUGCAGAGCUUUGCUUCAACGCAGCUUGCGUCAGCUCCUACCACGCUCUUACCUGUCUCGGCUUCCCUUUCGACUUCAAGCAACACACAUGUCACACUUUCACAUCCACAGACUGUUGUGAUGCCUCUAGAAUCCGAACCAAAGGAGGAACCGCAACAAUCUAGUGUUACCUCAAGUUCACAAAAAGUUGUUGAGAAAUUUGGUUCUGAUGUAUCAAAUAUUCCUGUUGAAACUAAGCCACGAUCUACGGCUGCACACACUGUUCGCGACAGUCAGGAACCAGGUCCCUCUGCCUCGGUAAGCUCACCUGCGCCUACAAAAUCGACUACAUCGCCUCAUUACUCCUCUGUGAAGCAGACAAACCGAGAGCCUUUGUUUUUACCGUCAUCGUCACCUGAAUCAGGUCCUUCUUUCUCUCAAAAACAGAGCAAGACCCCUGUCGCAACAGUGCACAAUGCCAAUAAGAUCUUGAAGCGCAUAGAACAUAGAGCAUAUGUGAUGGUGCCGCCUGCUCCGGAUUACCUUGUUCGCUACCGUGAGCAGUUGCGUCGUAAACAGGUUAGGGUGAUGCGGGACGAGGAAGAGGAAGAACCAGUUUCUUUACCUGAAUCAACAGUUGAGGAGGAAGACUGCAAAGAAACUUUCCGAUCCGGGGGACAGCUGCUCAAGCACUUCCGCAAGAGGCAUGCUGAUGGACCGCUGAAGCCAUCGGCUAAACCAGAGCCACCAAUAGCGGAAGUAGACGUCGAACUUCCUGAUAUUCCGGAGCCUUUCCCUUCAUAUUUGCUAUCUACGGAUCUGGCUUGCGGGGAGGUGCUCUCCGAAGAACGGCAUCGGUUGGUCGGUCAACAAGUUCUUAUGAAUAUAACCUUUGUCGAUGACGGUACAUCGCUCAAACGUCGACCGAAGAAGACUGCCCGGCCUGCAAGUCGGACCUUGCCUGACCCAACCGCCCGUCUUACAAGCGAUUACCAGUUUUUGGUGACGAAAGACUCUGCCAGGUCAUCAACGUAUUCGUCAAAGGCCUGUGACAUUAAUCACGAAGACCUUGAUUCGGCGCAGAUUUCAAGAAUAAUCAAAGAAGGGCUGGUGCUCUGGGGAUCGGACGAAGAGAAUGACGGGGGCGCUGCCGAGGUGGUGGCUGCACCACCCGGUUCACCUCUAUUUUCGCCAAAACCACAGCAACAGUUGUUGGAUGCGACAACCGCAACACCGGGUUAUGACCGCUCUGACUCUGGCUCUGUGCAUCGCCAACCUGAAUUCGAUGGGUUCCACACUAGUGAUGUAGAAGAUGCGGCGGUUGAGAACAUGCUGACAGAUGUUGACAUUGACUUAACAUUGACCUCGUGA